ACCGUCAGGGUCAGCUCAACGCUCGACAAGUCGACAGGGAAGGCAAACCUCAUAGAUGGAAGCCCAGAAACGUGUUGGACAAGCCAGCAGGGGCUGCCACAAUUCGUUCAACUCGCUUUUCCUCACUCGACAUGUCCUCAGAUACUUAGUAUCACCUUCCAAGGCGGUUUUGUCGGUACAGAGUGUCACCUCCAAGUACCCGACGAAAUAGGAAAAUGGACUACAGUCCAAACGGUGUAUCCUGAGGAUGUCAAUCGCGCCCAAGAAUUCGAGCUGGAUCCUACAAAGUUUCACGAAAUAUCUGCACUCAAGAUCGUCAUGGUCGCCAGCUCCGAUUUCUUUGGCCGGAUUACGAUCUACAACAUAGAACUGCGGUGA